GAAAGAAAAUUAAAAACGUUAACAUUAUUUAAGUUUUUCAUCUAUUCAAUGUUAAUAUUUAAUUACUUUGCAAACUUUUUUUUCUUCAUAAAACCUUUGAAACAAAAUGAACAGAAGGAAAAAAAGUAAUUAUGUGUUUAACUGUUAUCCAUUGAGCAAAAAAAAAAAAAAAAAAUAAAAAAAAGCCAAUACAUCGUCCGAGUAAGACAACUACAAAACAUAAGGCAAUUGAUGGGAGAAUCAAUCAAUUUAUGAUCCUCCAAUUAUAUGACAGUAAUAAUGAUCAUAUCUUCAUCAGCAGAUGUUCUGGGUUUCACAUUAAAGUAUUUCUACUUAGUGACAUGAUCUGGUAGCUAACUAGGCUAUUCUGUAGUAAUAAUCAUGAAUCAAAUAACAAGACAUAUAGGAAUUAGAAAGCUAAGGGAGCUCAAACUGAUUUUCUUCUUCUUUUUUCCUUCUUCUUUCUUUUUCUCCCCCUUUUUUUCUUUCUUUUGGAUGUUAGUUUAUUUUUUGUUGCCAUUUUCUAAUAUAGUCAUACAAAUUAUAAUUAAGAAAAGAAAAUAGGCAUUAAAUUAUAAAAAUGUUGUUCUGGUUCUCAAAAAUUGCACUUCAUGGUAUCCGAAGUUAAGCAUGUUUUUCUAAAGUACAUGUAUCUUCAAGCUACUAACUCUUAUUUUCUUAAACAUUACCCCACACACAGAUACUUCAUCCCAUAUCAAUAGUUUCUACUUGUAGCUUGACAGAAAGUUGGACUCUAUUUAAAAUAUUUCCUUUAAUGAAAGUGAAAACUCAGUUUAAACAGGCAUAUGUAAAUGAUAAUGGAAGUGGUCGGGGCCACAAUGGGAAAAUAUAGCUUAGUUACAUGCAGGUUAGAAGCUAAUCUGUAGAAAAGCCUUUUUUUCUGUUUCCCAAACAUUCCCUAAAAUACAAGAGUCUUUUACAGUCAGUACAUAACACAUGCAUUCGUUUCUAACAUUGCAGAUCCUGUAGCGAAAAUAGCUGAAGGACUAUCAGCAGACAAGUGCAACCCUAUCAAGCGAUCCAAUCAAAUCUGAAGAUGAAGCGUUCAGAUGGAAAAACUGUGGAAUAACAAACUUUAAGUGACAGUUGAGUUGAGGGAAGACAAAGAUCGCAAUACGAGGAUGACGCAGUGACUUCCUCUCAGUCCAUCAGCCAUGUCAUCAUCCAUCCGGGUCGAUACCAGCUGAACGCGCCAGCUUGAGCACAAUACAAGAGAGAGGAUUUUAAUCUAUGAUCACUGCAGUGGUUAAUAUACUUCGUGACUGAAGGUGCCUUUAUAACUAAUAUAUAACUCAGGAAGAAAAAAAAAACAUUGGAUUGUGGUUUAAGAUCUUGGUUUUAAAGGAACUGAAGUAAUAAUUAAGUAUAUAAGAGACUGUGACUGUAUAAUCAAUAUUUAUGGAAUGCUUGACAUCAGACAGCAAACACCAAACUGGAUAUAAUUCUACAAUUUCAGAAGAGUUUUUUGUUUCAUGACUGUCAACCUGCUCAAUUAGACUGCAACACAACUACCUCAGUUUUACACGUAUUAUAUAACCUGCUGGAGUGACACACACUGUAUAAUAACCCACUGGAUCGGGACAUAUUUUACAAGUCACCAAAGUAACGAGAAAUCAGAAUAAUGGAGUUGGAUAUGCCUUUCCUGCUGAGCCUGGAAUCUGGGAACAUGUCUGACGAGGAGCUCCAGAUGCAGCUGGCUCUGUUCAGCAACCUGUCCCAGAACAUGCAGCAGUCGGACUGGGACGUGCUCAAGAAGAAGCACUGGCAGAUCGUCAUGAUCAUCCUCUACUCCAUCGUCAUCUUCGUCGGCUUCUUUGGAAACCUCGUGGUGGUCAUCGUCAUCGUCAAGUACCGCCAGCUUCACACCGUCACCAACAUCUUCAUCGCAAACCUCGCCGUGGCAGACAUCGUCCUGUGUAUUUUCAACCUUCCAUUCCAGCUGCACUACCAACUGACCGAUAAGUGGGCAUUUGGAGAAAUACUGUGUCACAUCACAAUGCCAACCUUUGGAGUGCCUAUAUUUGUUUCUUCUCUGUCGAUUCUGUGUAUUGCAAUUGACAGAUACUUAUUAAUAGUGUUUCCGUUUACAAAACACAUGUCUAACACAGUGGCUCUUGUAAUCAUUGCACUCAUCGGACUGAUAACAAUUGGUCUGGCUGUUCCACUCAUGAUGCACACCAAAGUGGAAAUCUUUGAAGAGCCGCUUCUCAACAUCUACAAGGUAUACUGUGUAGAAAUAUGGACAUCAGCUCGUACAAAGCGGGCCUACUCAGUGUCAGUUUUCACUCUGCAGUUUGCCAUUCCAAUCAUCGCAACCACCAUCUUCUACAGCUGUAUCUGCAUGGUCCUCAAAAAACGGCCCAUAAAAAAGAAAGAGACACGGAAAAGCCGAAGAACAACAAAGAUCCUCAUUUCAGUUGUGCUUACAUUCACGCUUUGCUGGCUGCCGUGGAAUAUUUUCAGCCUAGCAACCGAGUUUCAUCACAGCGUCAUUCGCGGGAAGUAUUUCAAGCUCAUCGACUUAUUGCUGAAAAUAUUUGCUAUGAGUUCUGCAUGCAUUAAUCCAUUCUUGUAUGGAUGGCUGAAUGACAAUUUCCGUAAAGAGUUUGGCCGAAUGGUUGGCAAACAGAAACGUUGUACAAACGGAGUGUCAGUGGCCAAGUACUCACUCGCUGUGGGCAGUCCCUCAGAACACGACUGUACCAACAAAUUCAUAGAGAAGAAAACAAACACCACAGCAUUUUGAACAUUUGGAAUCCUGAAGUUGCCAUUUUUAUCUUGUUGUGGUAAUGUUUUUACAAGGAAUACCAUAUUAACCAACAGUCUACACUGAUGGUACAUGUAUUUGAGAACAGCACAAUGUGUUUCCUUGAUGAAUCUGAUUACCUCAGAUUUUCUGAUUCCUUUUAGUUUUGUGAAACUUUAACUGAUUAAUCAUCUUAUACUUCACCUACCUGAAUGUGUUACUGGUGGUAAAAGGAAAAUCUGAACUUAUGAUUUUCUUCUCCGAUUACAAAGUGCCAAACUGGAUUAGCUAGCUUGACUUAUCAGUCUAUUUGUCUUCUGUUUUGCUUUGUUUAUUUGACAUAUUUGUUAAUUUAGAAAAAUAUUCAUUAGUAAUUAAGCCUUCAUGAAAGGUCAUCAAUGAAUUUUUUCAACUAUGAAUUGCUAGAUAUUCAUUGAUAUUCCUACACUGGGAGGAGGAAUUGUUAGACAGGAAGUAGGGCAUACAAGAAAAUUCCAUGACUCCCUGUUAACAAUUCAACAUAGGAAGUAGGUAAUGUGAGACAAUUCUGUGAUUCCCUCUGUUAACAAUGCAUGGAUAUUCCAACACAGGAAGUAGGGAAUGUAAGACAAUUCUGUGAUUCCCUCUGUUAACAAUGCAUGGAUAUUCCAACACAGGAAGUAGGGAAUGUAAGACAAUUCUGUGACUCUCUCUGUUAACAAUUCAUACAUAUAUUCCUACAUAUCAAGUAGAGAAAGUGAGACAAUUCUAAACCCUUUGUUAACAAUUUGUGGAUAUUCCUACACGGGAAGUAGAAAAUGUGACAGUGUCAUUCAGAAGGAAACAUUUGUCUAGAAAUUAUAGGUGUUUUAACUCAUGUUGUUUUUGAAGAGUUACAAAUCAAUGAAUACAUCUUGUCUGUACUUAUAAACUAUUAAUAAAAAGACAGAAAAAUACUUGGGUGUUUUUUUCCCAGAAGUUUUAUAAAGCUGUACAGUGCCGUAAAAUUGCUAUUUUUACCUCAAAGGGUUGACUAGAGGCAAUACAGUGCAGGGAAUAUUUUGUUUUCAAAAUCUUAAUUAGCGAUAUUUCUAGUCAAUUGAAAAUUGAUUAGCAACUACAUAAUGAUUCAUGACACGAUACUGAACAUAACAUAAUGUUCCCUGCACUGGAAUCCCACAUUAUUACUUUAAUAAUCCUGUUUACGAACUACAUAAAUAAUCUGUAAAAAUUAAUAUAAAAUACAGAACUUCCCAAAACAUUUGUUAAUAAAAACACAA